GAAUUUACUUGCUCCAAAUAUUGAAACAAAACCAGCCAAACCAUUUCUCGGCCAACGGCCUAAAAACUCGCUUUCAACGUUACUGCGCUCUCAGUUUCCGUUGGCGGGUGUAACCACGCGAAUCUCAAUACCGUAAAUAACGUCCUUCACCGUCUAUAGCUUUUUUUUUCUGCAUUGCCAAGGAUUCUUUUUAUAUUCCUGUAGUAUAUUUGUAUUUUUUCUGUUUGCUUUUAUUUAAAAAAAUAAAUUUAAAUAAAACAACAACAAUUUGAAUUAGUUUCCAAUUCAUUGAAACUGCAUAAAAUCUAUUUCCGUGUGAUUCAAAAAAAUAAAAUUUAAAAAAAAAAUACAAAAAUUAGUGUAUUUUUAUUUCCACGCCACGCAUAUCUGCAUAUUUCUAUCUAUAUACCUACAUAAAAAACUGCAAAUUCUUGUGAAGCGUUUUUUAUUUUAUUUUUUUUUUACUGCGAGUAAAAUUAAAACGAAAAACAACAACAACACAAAAAAAAUACAAAAAAAUUGUCCGGUUCUAUUUUUAGUGGCCUCUCUAAUGAGUGUGAAUACGAAAUAAUUUUCGAGAAACUGAGACUUUAGCAUUUUCGUAGUACUUUGUCGUUCCAGUUCGUUUUUUUCUUGCUUCUUCAUUUACGUUUUUUUGAAUUUCUUGUUUUUGUGUAAUUUACUGUGAAAAGUGAGAUAACUUCCAUCCCUUAAACUAGAAAGGUCUACACGCCAACUCAAAAAAAAAAAAAAAAACAAACAAACAAAAAAAUAAAACAAAAAAAAAACAGGGAUGGGUGGUGCGCACCUUUCGUUCAUUCAAGCACUCAAAGGAACUGGAUUUAAGUGAAUCGGAUUUGAAGAACCCACAAAAAAACCCUAGUCUUCUAUAGUCUCUAGUUUCGACUAGAAAUUCUGAUCAAUAGAAGUCACGCCGCAUCUUAAAAAUGCAUCAAGUACUGAGUUAUGAAACCGCUAUGCGAGCCAAUAGCGCUCGCGAUAUUCGUGAAUAUGUUACAAAACGGACUUGUGUUAGCCUUGUGCUAACUAUGGCAUUUUUCACCUUGAUAUCAGGUUAUCUUUUAGGAAAAUUUGUCUCCGAUCGACAACAUCACAUGCGACAUUUACAAGACAUAACCCUUGCUGCGGCAGAGCAUGGAAGUCUUAAACAAAUCCGAGCCUACAACAAUGCCAAAAAGGAAUUGCUGACCUCUGCCCGUAUUCUUAGCCAAAGUCGCGGUGCCAUCAACUCCCAGAGUUCACUUAACACCGAGAUAUUUAAUAAAUACAUAUCAUGCACCCAAGACGCACCACCGAGCACAAAUGUGUCUGCCAAUGAAUUCAUAGAACAGUUGCUCGAUAAGACCACAUCCAAGCAACAUGAAUGCAUAACUUCAAUUCAGACUGUUAUUAAAAAUAAUCUAGGACCGGGUUAGAUAUUAAAACAAAAAAUUAAAGACAAUUUAAAAACAUAAAUGUAGUAGAUUUGUCUAAAACAAAAAAAAAAUCCAAAACAAAAUUCUUAUGUCUUUUCUCAAAAUCUUGUUGUAAUUUUCUUCGAAUUCGAAGUAUUAAAGCUGCGCUGCGAAACAGUUUUGCAGCAAUGACGAUGUUUUUAGGCAUUUUGCUAAAAGUGGACUGUUUUUACAGCACAAUUUGAAAGUAAAAGAAAAAAAAUAAUAAAUUAAUGAAAAGAAUAAAAUUAUUUAUUAAUUUUAUUAAUCUCUUCGUAAUAAAAUUAAGAAUGAUAAAAUUUAUGCAUGAGAUAUUUAAAUGUUAGCCCCUACUCCUUUUCUAGAAUCUUAUUAUGUU